ACAGACAUGGCUGCGAAUCAUCCCAUUCAUAUUCACCCAGCACGUCCCCUUUAUCGCUUUACAGCUACGGCUUUGGGCGCUAGCAUGUGGUUUUUUCUAAUGUACCGAGCCAAGAAGGAUGGCCCUGCUUUACUGGGAUGGAAGCAUCCGUGGGAACACUAAGUACUAUAAACCAAAUUAAUUACAGAACAAGCUUGCGGGAUUUACAUUGGACAUUGUGAAUCAAUUGGCCGCCCUCGUUUCGUGAUAUUCUCCAGUUAGACAGGAACGGCGCGUACAGACAUUACAUCUCUAUUACUCCUUACUCCUUGCUCAGCGUUAUAGGAUUCCAGUAGUGGCAGUAGCCUAAUUACGGCAGAGUCAUCGACUGAGGAAGAUGCUGGGCUAUGAGGCG